UUUGUAUUCACUGAUUUCCGUAAGAUAAUUAUGAAUAUUGACGUUUUGAUGUAGCUGUUGCAUGUUUGGAUUUCAUAUGAAACGUAAAUAAUAUUAUUAUUUGUGAAAUAGAUUCACAUAAACGUGUUUAAUAUAUAAUAAAUGCAUACACAAUGUUUGGAAAAUAUGGAACAGUGUUCCAGCUUUAAAAUUUGUUAAAUAAUUUAUCGUAGUUUGUAUCAAAAGUGAAUGAUUUUACACCACAGUUGUCGAGACAUUUCAUAUUAUUCUAGCCUUGUUUAUAAACGAUACAAGCAUGUCAACUUUAGAAGAUAAAAUUUUGGGGGAGAAAUUACACUAUUACUGUAGUAGCUCCAGCGAGGAUGAAGAAAAUGAUUCAAGAGAUUCUGACAAAGAUUCGGAUAAUGAAAGGUAUCCUCCAGUAAUUACAGAGUCUUGUAUAGAACCAUCGUUCUCAGAAUGGGAUGGAACCUCCAGUAAUACUGGACCAAAGGGUGUUAUAAAAGAUUGGCAACGAUAUAAACAACUUCAAGCAGAGAAAAGAGAAGAACAAGAGAAAGAACGGUUACAAUUAAUAAAAAAAUUAAGUUUAACAUGCCGUAGUUCUUUGGAUGAAGAAAAGGAAAUUAUGCAAACUGAUCCAGAUCUUGCUGAAUUAUUAUCUGAUGAAUUUCUGUUAGACUAUCAGAGACAGAGAAUGAAAGAAAUGCUUGCAAGAUCUGAAAAGCUUCACUUUGGCAGAGUUAUUAAUUUAGAAACAGCAGACCAGUUUUUAGAUGCGAUCGAUAAUGAAGAUAAGUCUGUAACAAUUGUUGUUCAUAUUUAUGAAAAUAAUGUCCCUGGCUGUGAAGCUAUGAAUGGAUGUUUAAUAUCUCUUGCCGAAGAUUAUCCAUUUGUAAAAUUUUGUAAAAUUUUAGGUUCAGUAGCUGGACUUAGUAAACACUUUAAAAAAGAAGGAGUGCCAGCUUUAUUAAUCUAUAAAGCAGGUCAAGUAAUAGGAAAUUUUGUUCAUAUAACUGACUAUUUAGGAGUAGACUUUUAUGCAUCUGAUGUUGAAACUUUUCUAAUUGAACAUGGAAUGCUUACUGAUAAGAACUGUGUACCUGCCAUCAUUUCAUAUUCUCAAAAUGAGAAUACAUCGGAUAGCGAAUAGACAAAACAGAUAAAUUGUUCUUAAUCAUUUUAUUAAAAAACAUUUCCUUAUAUAUUUUAUAGAACAUUAAACCUUAUUACGUUGUAAAAAUGUUUUUUUUCUUAUAGGAGUAAAUCUAUAUAAAGAUUGUAAAUAUUUAUAUUCAUUCAAAUAAAAAAAUAUAGAUCUAUAUACAAGUA